AUGCGGCCAAGGAGGAUCGCGCUGUGCGUGGGGGUGUGGUCGUCGAGGGAGAACCACUACGCAUGGACGUUCACGAAGAAGCGGCUGCUGCAGGACCAGGAGCGCCCCUCCCUGGAGGACCAGCUGCUAAUCGUGCACGUGAACAAGCCCAGGGACCCGUCCCAGUGGCGCGCGGGCGGCCCCGCCCUCCCGGACGUCACCUCCGCCCUGCAGGAGCUGCGCAACAACUGCAGCGUAGUCGAGCUCGAGGGGGAUCCAGUGGCAGAGCUGGUGAAGUUCGCACAGGACAGGGACAUAAACAUCAUGAUACUCGGCUCAAAGGGCCGGAGCCGAGUGAAACGCACUGUGGCAAAGGGGACCACAGUGAGGGUGGUUCAGCAGGCGCCAUGUGCCUGCAUUGUGGUUGGGCCCAAGCUGAGUUCUGGAGAGCAUUUUCGAAUUCAAGCGGCCAGGCAACCAGAGGGCGUUGAGCCGACGUUGCAAUUUGGACGGCGCGUUGCCAUUGUCCUCAACGCUGGCCCUUAUGACCCCAACAUGGUGCAAUACACCGCAAGGAACGUGUUGCUUGCAGGCGACCGCGUUGUGCUUGUGCGCUGCAUGUCAAAGGAGCUCAAGCUCAAGCGUGGGUCCAAGCAGCAGCCAGAGCAGGAGCGAGACAACGUACGAGAGAUCGGGCGUACCAAGCUGCGUGGCACGCAGGGCGUUGCAAUGGCAGUGGAGGUUCUCAAGGGUGGUUUGAAGAUGAUUUGCAAUUUUGUGGAAUCCAAGGGAAUCGAUCUGGUGGUGAUGGCAAGGGAGCAGAGGCUUGUUCGGCGGUCUCUUUCAGGGAUAGGUUCGGGCCCCCCACCCCUGAGUGCCCUCUACCACCGCUCCCCCUGCCCUUGCAUGAUCGUGCCCAUGGAAUGCCUGCAGCACAACUGGUCCAGUUCUUCCAGGUCCUCUGUGGCCAGUGCUGGGCAGCAGGAGCCGCUGCGCUCCACCUCCCAGUCACGGCUCAAUGCCAUCAGCCGACAGGUCACUAGUCCAUUCGCGUCCCGGCUGCGUGGCUUGGGCACACGCCAUGGCAGCCUGAAGGUUGCGUUUGCCGCAAAGCCACCCCCGCAGGUGCAGCCGGCACACACGAGUGCCACAAUUGACAAUGCAAUGAUCGGCCAGCCAAGUGCGGAUUCUACACAGAGCGUGUUGGAGGUCAUACGCAACGAGGAGAUUGAACUGGAGGCAAUCGAGGAGCUGGACUUGGAUCAGGCCACAGACUUGGGCAUGCAAGACAGCCUGUCUCCCAGGUGCAUAGGGCCAGCCCUCAGUGGGGAGGCAGAGCCAGAGGAGGAUGUUCCCAGACGCCCGGGGCCCGACAGAAAGAACUGGUCGAAGGCCAGCUCACACUCGAUGCCCAUCCCCGCUCCCACGCGUUCAGCCUUCCAGGGAGCCUCGGGGCCUUUGAUCACAGGUUCGCCGCCUUCACGGCGCAGAGCUGCCAGGAGGCUGGACACCAGCAGGUCGGAGGGGUCGCUGGAUUUCAACGUCGACCCAGGCACGCUGACUGAGGUGGUGAACUCCCUGAAGCAGCAGUUGGCGAAGAAGGAUGAGGAGAUCCUGCUUCUGAAGGAGCAGAUCAACAAGAUGAAGGACACUUCAAUGCCUGAGCAUUGA